GCCCAGACCUGGGUUGCCAUGGAUACUGUGUCCCUGGAGCAUCAGAUACAGAGUGUGCAACGCCACAUCAGCUUUCUGAAAAAGGAGCAGAUGGCCCUGCUGCGAGACCUGCACCUGGAAAUCCUGAGGCUGCAGAAACGCUGCUCAGAACUGACCCAUGAUCUGGAGAUGAGAGAAGCCCAAUCCCACCAGCAAGAGGAGGCGUCCCGGGAGCUGGAGAGCCACUGCCGCGCGCUGGAGGCGCAGCUGGAGGCGCGGGCGGCCGCCAACGCGGAGCUGCGGCGGGAGGUGGCGCAGCGCGAGGCGCUGGUGUCGGCGCUGCGCUGCAGCCUGCGCGCCGAGGAGCGCCGCUUCCUGGAGGAGCUGCGGCGCCGCAGCCACCGCGCCACCGUGCUGGGCACCGAGCUACAGAAGCACACCGAGGCGGCCGCCUACCUCUCCUGCCAGCUGCACGCCGCGCGCCAGAGACUGCAGGCCCCGCGCCCGGGCCCGGGAGCCACCGCCGAGGCCCGGCCCCGCCGGCGCGCGCCGCGAGCCCGACGCCCGCCCGACGCCACCACCAAGGGCCCCGGCCGGGACUGGGCCACCGGGGACCGCGCAGCCGGCGCCCUGGACGACACCGAUCCCAUGCCCGACCCCGCGCUCUUCCUCUACGCCAGGAGACCCCCGCGGCCUGGCGCGCCCGGCCCACGCCAGCCGCCGCCCCCACCCCAAGAACCCCCAGACCAAGGCAGCCCACCGCCGGGGGCCUGCCGGAGCCCGACGAGUGCGCCCCACGUGCCGGGGGAACCCUAG